ACAGAAGAAAAAGUUCCUGACCUUACUACUGAAAGUCAGUGUGUAGAUAGAGAGAAUGAUGCAGCUCUUAGGGUUACUAAACCUUGCAACAUAAACAAAAUAUCAACCAAUAUUUCCGCAUUUGAACCUUUGAAAGAUAUUUCUAAAGAAAAAGUGUCUCACACAAAGACUUCUGUUAUUGGCCAAGUUGACAUGUCUGUAUUAACUACAGCAAUUGUGUCUGAGGAUGAUCAGAUGCAAGUAGGGUUAACUGUUUUGAAUGGUUCAGUAAAUUCCCCAGAUAAUAACAAUGUUAUGGUUCCAGCAAAAUCUCCCUCUUCUAUUCUAAGCGAGCCCAUAAAGAAAACUGGUAAUGUUAAUGAGAACUCUAUAAGCCCUAGGCAGAUCACACAAACCGGCAGCAAGUCAGAUGAAUGGAGAGUUAAAGUGAUCCUUCAAUCUGACAAAUUGCCUUCUGGGAAGUACAAAUGUAAGCGCUGCGACUACAAAGCUUCAGAAAAAUUAUCCAUCGAGUCUCAUAUAUAUAGUCAUAUUCCAGGUGUUCAGUUUCGCUGUGCAUAUUGUGAUUGUGAAUUCAGUUCAAUGACAGCCACAUGGUCUCAUCUAAAGAAUUUCCAUGCCAUCAGCGAGGCAAAGCUUUGCAUAAGUCGCCACAUUGAGGAGAAGUGCUUCUAUGAAAAGGAGGAUGUGGUCUUCUCAGAAGAGAGCACCCACACCAGUUCAUCACAGCCAACAAAUAUUAACCCAGGGGGUCAGUCACCACCCGUUAUAAUAUCUGUGCUUGUCAGCGGAACUGUGAAUGCCUCUAGGAGUGCAAGAUCCGGGGCUCCACGUCGGUUCGUCUGUACACACUGUGGCUUCUCCACCAAUGUCAAGGAAGAUGCAGAGCACCACACAUCAGACCUUCACAAAUCUCACAAUCUGUUUGCCUGCCUUCUGUGCAAUGAAAACAUUUUCUCAUCUGAGGCGGAGAUAAAACAACAUAGUGCCGCUGUUCACCCGAAACGUCAGAGGACUUACGGCAAACUGCCAGACUUCUAUGAUGCUGAACAGCUCAACUCAAAGGGGAAAAGCCCCAACCAAGAGGAAAGAGACAACAUCUUUGAGAGGAUGAGCUCCAUAUUCCAAGGGGAUGAAACCCAGCAGGAGACAAAUGCCAUAGAUCAUCAUCAAAAAGCUAAAGAUUACCUUUACCUGCAGGAAGAAUGGAAAGAGAAGACCCGGGUGGAAGCAGAUAGUACGACUGCUGUGGACUUUAUGGAAGACACGCUUGCUGAACCGUCUACUACAGAAGGGCAGCUUUUGGUGGAUGGGUCUUCUACUGGCGAGGACAAGGUUUCUGAAAAUGAAGUUUCAGUGGAUGAAGUGUGCAUGAAAAGCUCC